AUGAGUAGUGACAGUGCAGCGAUGGACAAGAGAAAUGAUACAAGCUUCUCCAGGAAAAGAAGUGCUACUUUUGGUGCUUAUGGGAGCAUGGACAGAUCAUGUGAGGAUCAGUCAAGACCUGAGUCAAUGGGAGCGACUUUAAUGGACAUCCUGGACUCACCAACCUCAGGGCACCAGCCUGUCCCCGGCACCAACCAGAAGGAGACUGAGUUGUUUGAAAUCAUUGAAAAGCUGCAGGGCAGCAGGAUCGAUGAACAGCGGUGUCAGUUCCCCCUUCCGCUCAAGUCACAGCUCCUGACGCUGGGAGGAGCGCUGCCCCUGGUCCUGCCCUCCAAGGCGGGCGGCUUCUGGAUCGAUCCUCCCCCAGAAAGGCUGCCCGACCUGAGCCCAACCUCCACCAACCCUGGGGCCGAGCUGGAGCACUAUGACAUAAUGGAGAGAGACGCAGAGGCUAAAAUCUACAGAGAUGUGUUUAGAUCAAGAUACCAUCACUCGUUCACGGCAGUAGACCCGUGUCUGGGGUCACUGGUUCAGUCGGUUUGUCUGGAGGAGGAAGAAAACAGACUGAGAGUAAUACUACGAAUGAAGGAGUGCUCGCUGCAUGGAGUUUUCUCAUUGUCACUUUUCCCAAAUAUCCCAUCCACAGUAGAACUAGCAAAGAUGCUUUGUGAAAAAGUGACUGUGGCUAAGUUUGAUGCUGUGUGUUAUCUCAAAGCCCCAGACUUAAUCCAGACUUUUGAUGAACACAGGGUCUCUCGCAAUUUUAAAUUUGGUGUUUUAUAUCAAAAGGACAAACAGUUCACUGAGGAGGAAAUUCUGAGCAACAACGAUGAAAGUGAUGAAUAUAAAGAAUUUCUUUCAAUUUUGGGGGAAACGAUCCAGCUGCAAGGUUUCACUGGAUUCAGAGGAGGCCUGGACGUGUGUCAUGGGCAAACGGGAUGUGAAUCCAUCUUCACCUCUUUUCACGGCAGAGAGAUCAUGUUCCACGUCGCCACUAAGCUCCCGUUCACAGACUGCGACCCACAGCAGUUACAGAGAAAACGACACAUUGGAAAUGACAUCGUGGCGCUGGUUUACCAAGAAGGACACACGCCGUUUAUUCCAGAUGUGAUAAAGUCCCAUUUCUUACACUGUUUUGUGGUGAUCAGGAGAAUCGCCAGUAGUGAUGAAGGGAGUGGAUUUGCAUAUCAGAUUUCAGUAACAGCCAGAGACGACGUUCCUAAUUUUGGCCCUGUGCUCCCAGACCCUCCAUUGUUCACUGAUCACUCACACUUGAGGGAAUUUCUUCUGACCAAACUCAUCAACGCUGAGAUAUCUUGCUACAAAGCAGAGCAGUUCCACAGAUUAGAGUUGCGCACAAGGACUUCGUUGCUGCAGACGCUCCGCACAGAGCUCUACACGCGGUCACAAUGCAUGAUGGGAGAUCCUCUGUCCACUCAGCUCCCACCGGCUGAAGGCGUCAGGACGUCUGAGGGAACGGGAGGCUUCAUCGAGAAUUUCAAGAGAGCCAUCCGAGUCAGAAGCCAUUCGUUUGAGACUCUUGGGGUUCCACGAAAAACAGCUACAUCUUCACAAAAACAUAAGACAGAGAAGGACUCUGAGAGUGACAGAUCUUCAGCAUCUCUGUCCACAAACUCAGACGGCACCGGUCCAGACAUCAGAGACCACCCAAGUCCUCAAGAAGAAACAUGA